AUGGCGCUCUCCCGCCGCCUUCUCCUCUUCCUCUCCCUCGUCGCCAUCACGGCGGUCACCGGCACCUCCGAGAUCAUCGUGACCAGGUGCUACCCGCCGCCGACGCCCACUGUCAACGGCAGCACCAGCGCGUUCCGGCGCGAUCUCCUCUCGCUGCUCGACGCCGUCCCCUCGGCCACCGCGCGGACGGGCUUCGCCUCCAUGCGGACCGGCGGCGCGUUCGCCCGCGGCCUCUGCUUCGGCGACCCCGCGCCAGACCCGUGCUUCCGCUGCCUGUCUGACGCCGGCGGGAAGAUCACCGACCUGUGCGGACACGCCAACCGGCGCGCGGGCUUCCUGACCGACGGCUGCUUCCUGGGCUACUCCGACGCCAACGCGUCCUCCGCCGGCGCGGACGACGACGACAUCAGUGGCGUGACAUUCUCCGGCGACGCCGUCCCACGCAUCGACAACGUCGACGUGCUGAAGCUCGUUGCCGUGGCGCGGUCCCUGGUCCCGCGGUCCGCGAACGGCCAGGUGGCCGCCGCCGACGCGACUGCCACGGCGAGCAACGGCUACACGGUGCGCAUGCUGGCACAGUGCGCGACGGACAGCGCCCCGGCGGAGUGCGCCCGGUGCCUGCGGGAUUCGUCGCUGCAGAUGGCCAAGAGCUGGAGUCUCACGCUCACCGCCGGCGUCGACGUGCAAGGAAGCGUGGCCGCGGUUCUCGGCCCGAACUGCUACCUCCGCUUCGAGAUAUCGGCACCGCCGCUGCCCGUGAGAGAGAAGAUUCGGAGGAUCGUAAAGGAUAACCUCGUCCUGACUGUGUGCAUUGGCUUCAUCGUCGCCGGGGUUAUCAUCCUGCUGCUAGUUCAUGUCUGCCGCCUGGUGACGAGGAAGCUCGGGAAUGCUGCAGCCGCACCAGCGGCAGAAGGGAAGCCAUGA